CGCAGGAUCCGCGGCGUCGGCCUGUGUGAGCUGCGUUGGCCACUGUCCGGGGCGAGCUCUCCGGGCCUCGGUUCGAAUAUAUGGAAGGCGGUGGUUCCUCCGCCCUGGACUACGAGGUCUCAGAGGCGCACAGCCUCCGCCGCCCGCCGGAGCGCAAGGGCAGUGCGAUCUCCGCUGCUAAGGACCCAGGGGUCCUGGGGAGCCGUCCGGUCUUCACCAAGAGGAACCUCCCGACAGCCCCUGAGGAGGAGGAGGAGGAGGAGGAGGAGGAGCCGGAGGGCCCUCUGAGGGAGCAGAACCUGAAGGAGGCCUACAUCCAGCUGGCCCAGGGCGUGCAGGAGUGGCAGGACGGCUGCGUCUACCGGGGGCAGUUCGGGCUGGACGUGAAGCUCGGAUACGGCGAAUUCUCUUGGCCGACGGGCGAGUUGUACCGCGGGCAGUUUUACCGGGACCACCGCCACGGCCUGGGCACCUACAUGUGGCCAGACGGCUCCAGUUUCACAGGCACCUUCUACCUGAGCCACCGAGAAGGCUACGGCACCAUGUACACGAAGACGAGCCUUUUCCAGGGGCUGUACAGAGCAGACGAGCGGUUUGGUCCGGGCGUCGAGACCUACCCUGACGGCAGCCAGGACGUGGGGCUGUGGUUCCGGCAGCACCUCAUCAAGCUGUGCACCGCGGUGCCCGGAGGCUUCUCCCUGUGCAGCCGCCCCGAGCUCUCCGGCUUCUCCACACACGCUCCCGCCAGGAUCCGCCUCUCAGACGAGGAGACGAUGGGCUGGGGCCUGCACGAGGGGCAGGACCCCUUUUUCUAUGAGUAUAAGCAGUUUCUUCUGAAUGAUGACUUAAUGCUGCCCCCAGAGAUGUCCAUCUACUCAACUGACAACUGCCACCUGCCCAUGACACGCUCUCUCCGCAAGGAGCUAGACGCCCGCAUCUUUGCCAAUGAUAUUCCGCCGUUCGUGGAGGAUGGAGAGCCCUGGUUUAUAGCAAACGAGACGCCGCUGUUGGUCAGAAUCCAGGAGCAAGCGUACAAGUUCAGGAACAAGAAGGCUCACAGAAGCUGGAACAUGGGUGCCAUCCUGGAAGGGGACCGUGGUGGCUUUGCCUGUUGCGGGCCCAAGGAGGAGUUUUCCAAGGAAAUGAUCCUGAAAGCUGAGGAAGGGGACCACGACUGGAUUCAGGGGAUCCUGAGGGACAACUUUGCCAGCGCCGACGUGGCCGACUCCAAGGGCUACACUGCACUCGCUGCUGCCGCGGUUCAUUGCCACUGUGACAUUGUCAACCUUCUGCUAGACUUUGGGGCUGAUGUGAACAAGUGCACGGACGAGGGCCUCACGACACUGAGCAUGUGCUUCCUCCUCUACUACCCCUCCAGGGCUUUUAAGCCCAACAUCGCCGAGAGGACCGAGCCUGAGCUCCAGGAACCCUCGAAACCCCUAGCCUAUCCAAACUUUGUGUUCUCCAUUGCUGACUCGAACACGGAGUGUCCCUGUUACGAGGAGGGCGGCGGCGAGCUGAGACUGCCACCGUGGGCCUUGGGCAGCGAGGAGGGCAGCCUGUCCCCGGGCACUCGGCGCUCCGGGGAGUCCACCGACGUGAAGAGCAGCUCUCUGACCUGGGACUCGCCGUCAGUGAAGGGCAGCGUUGGUGACGUGGAGAAUGGGCCCGAGGACACGUUGGGAAACGUAGACAGGUACACUCUGUACAGCAACGAGACGCGCUUCGAGUCCGACGUCUGCGUGUGCAACCUGUCCAUACAGCUGUCGCAGAGCCUGCUGGAGAAGAGCGCGCAGGCCCACAGCAUGCUGCCAGGCCCCGUGCUGGGCACCACCGGCUCCGACCAGGGGACCAUGAGGAGGAUGGCGCUGUCCAUGGUCGAGCAGAGAAACAGGUGGCGGACCAUCCAGCUGCUGCUGCACCGAGGCGCUGACCCCAACCUGUGCCGCGUGCCCAUGCAGGUCCUGUUCCUGGCCGUCAAGGCCGGGGACGCGGACGGGGUGAAGGUGCUGCUGGAGCACGGCGCGAGGACGGACAUCCGGCUCCCCCCCCAGCUGGGGGCGCUGACGCCUCUCCACAUAGCCGCUGCCCUGCCCGGGGAGGAGGGUGUCAGGAUCACGGAGCUGCUGCUGCACGCCGUCACCGACGUGGACGCCCAGGCGGCCGACCAGGACCACGUGUACAAGCCGGACAAGCUGGACCUGCCGUUCUCAAGCAUGAAGCUCAGCAACGAGCCGGGCCCGCCCAGCACCUACUACAGCCCGCACGCGGCCCUCCCGCAGGAGGGGGGCAGGACGGCCCUGCACGUGGCCUGCGAGCGGCAGGGCAACAGCAAGUGUGCCAGGGACAUCGUCCAGCUCCUUCUUUCCCACAGAGCAAAUUCUAACCUGCUGUGGAGUGGCCACUCCCCGCUCUCCCUGUCCAUCGCCAGUGGGAACGACCUGGUCGUGAAGGAGCUCCUGUCCCAGGGAGCUGACCCCAACCUGCCCCUGACCAGAGGCCUGGGCAGCGCCCUGUGUGUGGCCUGCGACCUGAACUACGAGCACCAGAGGAGCACGGACAGCAAGCUCGCCCUGAUCGACCGACUCAUCAAUCAUGGGGCCGACAUCCUGAAGCCCGUGAUCCUCACACAGGGGGACAAGGUGGCGGUGGGCACGGCUGUGGACUACGGCUAUUUCAGGUUCUUCCAGGACCGGAAGAUCGCCCACUGCCCCUUCCAUGCGCUGAUGCCGGCGGAGCGCGAGACGCUGCUGGCCCGGAAGAGGCUCCUGGAGUACCUGGGCUCGCACCUGCGCCGCGCCGUCCUCGCCAGGGAGAGCCAGUGGGACGCCACGCUGCUGUACCUGAGCAAGAGAGCGGAGCUGACCCCCAGCCACAGAGCGAGGAAGAGGAGCCCCGGGCUGCCCAAGGACCAGGGUGCACAGGAGCAGGAGCAGGAGCACCUCCCCUUCUUCAAGUUCUGCUGCCAGUGCGGCCGCUCCAUCGGGGUCCGCCUCGUGCCCUGCACCCGCUGCUACGGGAUCCUGACCUGCAGCAAGUACUGCAAGACCAGAGCCUGGGCCGAGUUCCACAAGAAGGACUGCAGCGACAUGGCGGCCAUCGGAAAGAUGCGUAAGGACUCUCAGAAGCCCGUGAAGCAGCAGAGCAAGGCGGUGCCCCGCAAGCGCGAGAUCCCGAGGGACUGGAGGAAGCGCGUCUAUUCCGCCAGCCACCAGUGAGCGUCUGGAAGCCACCGCCCCAUGGAGCCCCGCGGAGCCCUUGACUGUGCCCCACCCGGCCCGUCCACAACGAGGAGUUGGGGCGUGGCAGGGCAGGCAGGCGAGUCGCCACCGCAGGCCUGGCCACUGCAGGUGUCCCUGGGGAGGCCUGCGUGGAGCCCUUGGACCCGCCAGGAGCUGGGACCCAUGAGGAGCGGCGUCUCCCCCUUGCGGUGGGUGCGCCGUCCACGUCUCUGUGCUGGGGGCGGGGGGUCCCCACUUCUCACACUCGCAUGGGCCGGGAGGUCCCAGCGACAGCCAGACACGUUGCCAGGUCUGCCAGGACCAGCGCAGACUGCAGCCCCCAAUAAACAGCCCUGCCGGGGCUUGC